CGGCCUGCGACCGUCUCUUUGGUGACCCCUGCUUCACCAAGCGCCACUACCUGUCCGUCUACUACACCUGCUCCCACAACCCGGUGGUCAAGCACCCCAAGAUGCCUUUCAAGAAGAUCAUCUGCCAGAACAACCCCGUCGUGCUCAACUGCAAGGGUAGCUUCAUCAACGUCCUCUCCGCCAGCUACGGACGCUCCACCGGACGCGAUAUCUGUGCCGCGGACAACAUCGGUGACCAGUCGUGCCACGAGCCUACCUCCCUGGGCGUUGUGAUGUCCAAGUGCCAGGGUCACGCCAAGUGUGAAGUCUGGGCCAACGGGGAGUUCUUCCCCGAUCCCUGCCCAGACACCUUCAAGUACUUGGAGGUGGAGUACGAGUGCCUCGCCAGCAAGCUCCUCUACUUUAAUGAUUUCUAGAGUGUCGUAGAAAAAUGGCUGUUCUGCCUCGCUUCUGUGCCUUGUAAGGAGUGCACCGUAAUAAUCGUAAUGAAUUCCCAAGAAGAUUUAGUUAAAUUCUUUGUUUCACUUCAAAAAAAAUUUGCGUGACCAUAUAUCUCUCAUAGGAAUUAGCGUCACAAUGCAUAUACACGUUUCUGUACUUUAAUGAUUUCUAGAGCAUCGUAGAAAAUGGCUUUACUGCCUGACUACCUGUGCCUCAGAAGGAGUGCACCGUAAUCGUAAAUGAAUUCUCAAGAAGAUUAGUUAAAUUCUUUGUUUCACUGCUAAAAUUUUGUGUGACAAUUUAUCUCUCAUAGGAAUUAGCGUCACAAUGCAUUUACCUGUUUCUGCUUUAAUAGCAUUCGCUGUAUUUAUUCAGUUAUUUAUUAAUUCAUUCAUUUCUACAUUGUUCAUCAUUUUACAUGGUUCAUGUAUGAUCAACGUGAUAUUAAACAAACAAUAGCAGUAGACUUGAAAAUGGAAAUGUAGUCCACACUCGUUGUACAAAAUUAAGAUGGGUUAAAAGCAUUCUUCAUAUUUUACAUUUCCAAAAUGAAAAUGUUAUAUCUUGGAUGGUUCAUAGGGCAGUAUUUAACAACGUAUUCUAAUUACUUUAACUUCAUUGGUUUAUCACAAUUGUAAUGAAUACAAAACUUGUUUUGGAUAAAAUUUAAUGUCUCAUCAAUUUGUAGUGAUACUCAUAAGUGCAAUAUUCUAUCAAAUAAAUUCGAGUGCAAUAUUGAAACAUUCCCAGUGGUAAAAUACAUUCUGCAGUAUUAUAAUACUUAUAAAAACUCCAGAGAAGUUCAACAUUACUAAUCUCUCUGUAAAGAUGUGCAAUACAUACACGUGCCUUCAAAUAUUAUUUAUGUUACAUGUAUUCAUUAAUACUUAGAGUGGCUAGUUUUAGUUUUAUUUUUUGUCACAGAUCUAACAAACUUAUUUAUCAAAAGAAACCUAUAUCUACCUGUGCAAUAUUUCCUGGAUCAGAAAGAUAACCAGAGUGCAAUAAAACCACAUUUAAUCAUACUACUCAA